UGCUGCGUUAGCUGGGUGCUGGGGGCGCCGCCGGGGGCGGGGGCUGCGCGCCGGGCUGGCGCCCGACCCCCGCCGCCGUCCUGCUGGCCGCGCGCCCCCCGACUUGGUGCCCGUGGGCCCUCAGGCUCCCCCGAGUUCAGCAAUGUCCAGAAAUGACCAAGAACCGUUUUUUGUGAAGUUUUUAAAGUCUUCAAACAAUUCAGAAUGUUUUUUUAAAGCUCUUGAGUCAAUAAAGGAAUUACAAUCAGAAGAUUAUCUUCAGAUUAUUACAGAAGAAGAAGCAUUGACGAUAAAGGAGAAUGACAGGUCACUUUAUAUCUGUGACCAUUUCAGUGGGGCUGUUUUUGAUCACCUUAAACAGCUUGGCUGCAGAAUUGUUGGUCCUCAAGUAGUUACAUUUUGUAUGCACCACCAGCAGUGUGUCCCAAGAGCUGAGCAUCCAGUUUACAAUAUGAUUAUGUCCAAUAUAACUGUCUCUUGUACAAGCCUGGAUAGAGACAAAAGGGAAGAAGUUCAUAAAUAUGUACAGAUGAUGGGUGGACGAGUGUACAGAGACCUUAAUGUGUCAGUCACUCACCUCAUUGCAGGAGAAGUUGGGAGCAAAAAAUAUCUAGUUGCUGCUAAUCUGAAGAAACCCAUUUUGCUUCCUUCUUGGAUAAAAACACUUUGGGAGAAGUCACAAGAGAAGAAAAUAACCAGAUACACUGACAUAAACAUGGAAGACUUUAAGUGUCCUAUUUUUCUUGGUUGCAUUAUCUGUGUGACUGGCUUAAAUGGUGUACACAGAAAGACAGUUCAGCAACUCACAGCUAAGCAUGGAGGCCAGUACAUGGGGCAGCUGAAGAUGAAUGAGUGUACACACCUCAUCGUGCAGGAACCGAAAGGACAAAAAUAUGAAUGUGCCAAGAGAUGGAAUGUGCACUGUGUGACCCUGCAGUGGUUUCAUGACAGUAUUGAGAAAGGCUUUUGUCAAGAUGAAUCUAUAUACAAGGCUGGACCCAGAGCAGAAGUAAAGACAGUGCCUGAUACUUCAACUCCCACUGCUCAGAGUAAUGCAGCAGCCGAAAGUCGUACUCUGGCAGAUGUCAGCCAUAUAUCCAACAUAAAUGGCAGCUGUGUAAAUGAAACAAUGUUUGGUUCAACUACUAGCAAACUUGAAUGUACACUUGAAAACUUAGAAAAUCUGGACAUCAGUGUGUUUCAAGCACCUGAGGAUUUGCUAGAUGGCUGUCGGAUAUACCUCUGUGGUUUUAGUGGCAGAAAGCUAGAUAAGCUGAGAAGGCUUAUUAACAGUGGCGGUGGAGUUCGAUUUAAUCAACUUAAUGAAGAUGUAACUCAUGUAAUUGUGGGAGAUUAUGAGGAUGACCUGAGGCAGUUUUGGAGCAAAUCAUCCCACAGGCCUCACGUAGUGGGAGCAAAGUGGUUGCUGGAGUGUUUUAGCAAGGGAUAUAUACUCCCCGAAGAGCCGUAUAUCCACACUAACUACCAGCCAGCUGGGAUUCCGGUUUCAGAUCAGCCUGCACACCAGACAGUUGUCUUAGAAAAGAGCAACACAUUCUCUAAGAAAGAUUUUGCUCCUAAUGAGAAGCUCCAGCAAGCUGAUGAGGAUCUGCUCGCUCAAUAUGUAAAUAAUGACUCCACAGUAGUUGAAGCUAUAGAGCCUGAAGUUGGGCCUUACAGUGAUUCUACUCAAGUUGAGCCCUGUGAUGACUCCACUCACAUUUCUGUGCAAGCGGAAGACCAGUCUUCAGUCAGCCAUUGCCUCCUUGAUGGCUCUGCAGUUCCUGAGGAAGGCUUAUUUAGCCAAAAGAGCUUCUUGGUUUUGGGUUUUAGUAUUGAAAAUGAACGUAACAUUUUAAACAUCAUAAGAGAACAUGCUGGAAAGAUUGUGUCCCUUCCCAGCAGAAUUGUUGCUGACUAUGCUGUGGUUCCGCUGCUGGGGUGUGAAGUAGAAGCAGCUGUGGGAGACGUUGUUACAAACACAUGGCUGGUUACGUGUAUAGAGUACCAGACACUAGUUGAUCCCAAGUCGAAUCCCCUCUUCACACCAGUGUCGGUAAUGUCGGGAAUGACUCCUUUAAAGGACUGUGUGAUUUCUUUCAGUCAGUGUGUUGGAGCAGAAAGAGAUUCCUUGGUAUUCUUAGCAAGUCACCUUGGAGCAAGUGUUCAAGAAUUCUUUGUUCGAAAAUCCAGCGCAAAGAAAGGCAUGCUCGCCAGUACACAUCUUAUAGUGAAAGAACCGAUUGGUUCUAAAUACGAAGCUGCAAAGAAGUGGAGUUUGCCGGCAGUCACUAUUUCAUGGCUCUUAGAAACUGCUAGAAUGGGGAAGAGAGCGGAUGAAAGCCAUUUUCUGGUUGACAGUGCACCUAAACAAGAACAAGUAUUAGAAACUAAGCUACCAAAUGUAAUGAAUCCAAAUCCAGACUCUCCAGGACAUCCCGACACACAUCUAGAAAUGCACAGAAAAAUGGCUGUUACACCUUUGGACAUGAACCGCUUUCAGAGUAAAGCUUUCCAGGCUGUUAUAUCUCAGCACUGUAAGCAGGACUCAGUCUCUUCGGCACUUAAGAAGCCGCUUAAGAAGGAACCCUCCUUACACCUGGACACACCAUCAAAGUUUCUGUCUAAGGACAAACUUUUCAAGCCAUCUUUUGAUGUGACGGAUGCACUUGCAGCCUUGGAGACCCCAAGAGCUGCCACCCAGAAGAGGAAACUGAGUUCACCACUCUCUGAAGUCAUCGUCAGAAACUUGAAAGUUGCCUUGGCAAAUAGUUCCCGAAACACCAGCACUCUUUCUGCCAGCCCUCAGCCGAAGGGUGACGACCAUUUGGAGGAGGUAGAGACUCCACAGCCACUUGACAAAGUUGUGGUGUGUGUGAGUAAAAAGCUCAGUAAGAAACAGAGUGAACUAAAUGGGGUCGCAGCCUCACUGGGAGCAGAGUAUAGGUGGAGUUUUGAUGAGUCAGUGACUCAUUUCAUUUAUCAGGGUCGGACAAAUGAUAGUAAUCGAGAAUAUAAAUCUGCAAAAGAAAGAGGGGUGCAUAUUGUUUCCGAGCAUUGGCUUUUAGAGUGUGCUCAAGAGUAUAAGCAUCUUCCUGAAUCUCUGUAUCCACACACUUACAAUCCCAAAAUGAGCCUGGACAUCAGUACGGUGCAAGGUGGCCGGCUCUGUACUAGCCGGGUACCCUCAGCUGUCUCUGCUUCCAAGGACGAUGAGCCAGAUCAUUUGUCUGUAGAAGAAAAUGAGACAAACAACGUGGCCACGAAUAACGAAGAAUCGGCACUGUUGAAUGGGGAUGGAAGAAUUGACUGUAAAGGAGUUCUGACACAGACCUUGGAGAUGAGAGAAAACUUCCAGAAGCAGUUGCAAGAGAUCAUGUCAGCAACCUGCAUCGUGAAGACGCAGGCACAGAAGACUAGCCUGUCAAGAAGCAGUUGUAACAGUGCUUCUUCAACUCCUGACAGUGCUCGCUCUGCUCGGAGUGGCCGGAGUCGAGUCCUGGAGGCACUCAGGCAGUCUCGACAGAUAGUGCCUGACAUCAACACAGAACCCUCCCAGAACGAGCAGAUUAUUUGGGAUGACCCAACAGCAAGGGAGGAGAGAGCAAGGCUGGCCAGCAACUUGCAGUGGCCUAGCUACCCCACACAGUAUUCUGAGCUUCAGGUUGACAUUAAAAAACUGGAUGAUUCUCCUCCUCCUCGAGAGCCUGUGUACCAUUCAGAAAUUGCUGAGCAGGCCUUGUGUGUGACUGAAGCUCCAGAACACCCAGUGUCUGAAGAACCAGAAACUCCAGCAGCAGAUAGGCGGCCUCUCUUCCCCGGGCCUGAGCCCCCCAGCAUUGCUUUUCCCCUGCCCAAGGCACCUGGGCCUCCACAGCCUGCAGACAAGAUUGAAACAAUGGAGGAGAGUCAAGAAAAACUUAAAAAACAGUAUGUAUUCCAGAUGUCAUCACUGAAUUCUCAAGAGAGGAUUGAUUACUGUCACCUGAUUAAAAAACUAGGUGGAUCAGUGAUUGAGAAGCAGUGCUCAGACCCCAACUGCACACACAUGGUUGUGGGGUACCCAUUGCGCAAUGAGAAGUACUUGGCCUCCAUGGCAGCUGGCAAGUGGGUGCUUCAUCGCUCCUACCUGGAAGCUUGCAGGACAGCUGGGUGCUUUGUGCAGGAAGAAGACUAUGAAUGGGGAAGUAGCUCCAUACUUGAUGCUCUCACAGACGUCACUGAGCACCAGCAAAAACUAGCACUUGCAGCAAUGAGGUGGAGGAAAAGAAUCCAGCAGAGACAAGAAUCAGGCAUUGUUGAGGGAGCAUUUAGUGGCUGGAAGGUUAUUUUACGUGUUGAUCGGCCCCGAGAAGCCGGGUUUAAGCGUCUUCUUCAGGCAGGAGGAGCAGAGGUGCUACCUGGUCAUCCAGUUCCUUUAUUUAAUGAGGCCACACAUCUUUUUUGUGACUUCAAUAAACUGAAGCCUGAUGACUGCAGAGUUUUCAUGGCAGAGGCUGCUGCCCAGAACAUGGCCUGCUUGAAAACAGAAUAUAUCGCUGAUUAUCUCAUGCUGGAAUCGCCUCCUUGUGCAGAUAAUUACCGACUCUCAGAAGCUGCUUUACUCCAGAAUAAAGAGUCUGGGCCUGGAUUAUCCCAGAAGAGGAGGGCUCCUGCAGAGAAUGUCAUCAAAAGGUCUCGAGUUCACUAGCGGUUUAGCCACCAAACAACAAAUGUUUUCUAGUCUUAGAAAAGGUUAUAGGCUGAUGAUAGUGUGCUUGCCUAGAAUGCAUGAGGCCCUGGGUUUGAUCCCCAGCAACACAAAAUGAGAAUUUCAGUUACAACCUGAACAUUGUUGUGAUGGGUUUGUGUAGUAGUUUAAAGACAUAUCUGAAGGACUUUGCUUCAGAACAUAAUGGAUCCUGGGAACUUGAUGCUUUUAACACCUUUUGAAUCACUGAAUAUUGACUGUUCUAAUAAAAAGAACUUCACUAGCUUGUCAGGCCAAACUGAGUGCAUAAUUUUUCUUGUAAAUAUCUGAGGCUGUCAUGGUAGUUUUAACAUGGAUUUUUUUUUUGGUUUCGAAAUGUCUUAGUUCAUAAAAGUGACAAAAGUUAUCAAUUGGGGUUAUUUCACAUUUCCCCUGAUUUCUUUUAUAUAUAUAUAUAUUCUUGCCAUUUUACCUCUUUUUAACAGCCUAAGCAUGGGGUUUAAUAAUGAAGCUGGGGCUUUAAACUUAAAUGUGUAUAUAUGUAAAUGUGUAUGUAUAAACUUCUAUGUUUACCAAAUGUGAGCACCAAAACUUAGAAAAUAAAAAAAUAGCAACUCACA